AUGUACAGAAGAUUUUCUUCGUUAAUCAAAGCCCAGGACCUUAACUCCUUAAUUCAAAAAAAAUCAAAAAUUCAUAUCCUAGACAGCACCUAUGCGAUUCCUGAAAAAGACGGCACCCCUCUUUCUAACCACUACAAAACCCGUAUUACCAGCUCAAAAUUCCUCGAUCUUCUUGAAAUAUCAGACAGAUCAUCUCCUUAUCCUCUAAUGAUGCCAAAUAAUCAACAGUUUAUUUCUCACUCACUCCCCCCCCCUCCGUGAGCGAACAAAAAAAUUUUUGUUCGCUCACGGAGGGGGGUUUAAUUUUUUUUUUUAAAAAAAAAUUUAUAUAUAAAUUUUAUAAAAAAUAUUUUUUUCGAAAUUUAAAAAAAUCCUAAUUUGCAAAAAAUUGGGAAGCAAAUAUUAAUUUAAUUUGCAAAAUUUAUGUUUUAAAAACGCAAUUUGUUUAAAAUUAAACAGAAUUAGCUCUAGAUUUCAUUAUACUAAUUAUCACUUAUAUAUCAAAAUUUUUUUUCCAUUAAAAUUUUUUCUAUUAAAAAAAUUUUUGUUCACUCACGGAGGGUGGGUUUUUUUGGUCAAAAAAAUGGCGAUUUUUCUAAUGGUUUUGUUCGCUCACGGAGGGGGGCGGGGAGUCAUAUGAAAAAACUAGGUAUUAAAAACGAUGACACCCUUGUGGUCUGUUAUGGGCUGUCAAUUAAAAGGUAAAUUUACAAUUAUUUUAUAGGAAAAAAAACUGUAACUUACCCUUGGAUUAUUUUUGGUUUCCCAUCUGUUAUGACAAGCUUGGGGUGUUUUCAGCUACACGUGCAUGGUUUGUGUUAAAAUCAUUCGGUAAACAAAACGUAAAAGUCCUUGAUGGAGGACUUCCUUAUUGGCUAAGCCAAAGCUAUCCUACUGAAUCAGGCGAAUAUGAAUUAUAUAAAGACCCUUCAAUAGAAAAUGACAAUGACUACCGAUAUUCAAAAGACGCUUCAAGAGUAAAGGCUUUUGAAGAAGCUAUGGCAGCCUCUAAAGCAGCUGAUAGUGUGAUUUUAGACGCAAGAAUGACGGCGAUUUUCAAUAAAGAAGACCCAAAACUGAAAAUUAACCAUAUAAAAGGAGCGAAAAAUGUGCCUUGGAAAAAUCUUAUGAAUGCAGAUGCAACAUUGAAGACUCAAGAAGAAUUGAGAAAUUUAUAUGAAGGUGCUGGGAUUAGGGUAGAUGAAGAAAAAGCAGUGAUUAGCAUGUGCCAUCAAGGACUGGCAGCUUGUGUGAAUUUGUUUGCAUUGGAAGAAUUAGGAAAGAAAGCUUCACUUUAUGAUGGAUCGUGGGCUGAGUGGAAAGAAAGGUAUAAUGAAAAUCUUUAA